AUGGACGCGUUCUUGUUUUCGGCUGCCUUUGUUUUCGCCAUCAUCACCGUUAUACGCGUACACAAGACGCUCAAUAGAAAAUCCUCUUUGCCACUUCCACCAGGACCUAGGGGCCUUCCUCUCAUAGGUAAUAUCCUCGAUUUAGCUAACAACGACAUCCAUAUCAAGUCCCGUAUUUGGUCCAGAGAGCUUGGGGAAGACGUGAUAUCAUUAGAUAUCUUCGGCAAUACCAUGAUCAUUCUGAACUCUGCUGAGGCUGUAUCCGAUUUCUUCGAAAAGAGAGGGUCCAACUAUUCCGAUAGGCCUGAUAUGCCGAUGAUUGUUGACUUAAUGGGGUGGGAUUGGACAUUCGCACUUAUGCGCUACGGGCCUCGCUGGAAGGAGCAUCGACGUGUUUUUCAUAGUCACUUCAAUCACAGGGUAUCCGAGCACCAGCAUAUCCAACUCAAAAUCUCACAUGAACUUCUGGCUCUGCUUUUGGAUUCCCCCGUGAAUUAUCUGAACCAUAUUCGACACUAUGCAGCGCAUAUCAUCAUGAAGAGAGUAUAUGGGCAUACGGUAGUUGACGGAAACGAUCCUUAUGUCCAUCUAGUCGACAAGGCCUCGCAAAGCACAUCCGAAGCUGCUGUUCCAGGCGCAUUUCUUGUCGAUCUUUUUCCAAGUUUCAAGUAUGUUCCGGAAUGGGUCCCGGGUGCUAGUUUCAAGAGAAAGGCUCGGGAGUGGAGACAGCUUUCCGAAGCCAUGAUAAACGCUCCUUAUAACAUGGUCAAGUCGAAAGUGACAGCAGGUCGUGCGGAGCCUUGUUUUGUCGCUGAGUGCUUAGAGCAAAACGCGUCUUUUCCCAAAGAGGCACUCAGUGAAGAACUCAUCAAGGAUACUGCCGCCGUGGCCUAUGCUGCUGGGGCCGAUACAAGCGUGUCAACUUUGACCACAUUCAUUCUAGCCAUGACUCUUUAUCCUGAAGCUCAAAAGCGGGCGCAAUCCGAAUUGGAUCAAGUUCUUGGUGGAGACCGUCUGCCUAACUUCAGCGACAAGGACCGGCUUCCAUACGUUCACGCCUUGCUGAAAGAAGUCCUUCGAUGGAUUCCCGUCUUGCCAUUAGCGGUUCCGCAUCGUGCAACACAUGCAGACCAAUAUAAGGGGUACCAUAUCCCGGCCGGUGCCUCAGUCCUUGGAAAUGCCUGGGCUAUCUUGCAUGACGGAAAUACAUAUAUUGACCCCGAACUAUUCAGGCCAGAGCGUUACUUGGAAAGUCCAAACCUACCUGACCCUGCUGAUAGUGGUGUCUUUGGCUUCGGUCGACGGGCAUGUGCGGGCAAGACCAUGGCAUUGGAUACGAUAUGGAUCGCGAUUGCCUCCAUCCUCACGGUAUUCAACAUUACUAAAGCGGUGGAUGAAAAUGGCGAUGUUGUUACGCCUGAAGUGAAGCUGAAUCCAGGAUCUAUCAGCCAUCCUGCUCCGUUCGAAUGCAGCAUCAAGCCGAGGUCGUGCACGACCCUGAGUCUGAUACAGCAUGGGCGCAAUUGA